UGACUUUUUUUAUAAAGAAUUAAAAAGAUGGGCUGAGGGAGCAACAUACAGUACAAAAAACAUGUAUUGAAUAUCGUAAGAUUAUUAUUAUCAUUUAUUUCUUUACUGUGUUUUAUGGUUGCUUUGGACCCCCCUGUGAAUCUGAAAUAGAGAUGAAUUGAAUACUGUAAUAUUGACUUCCACUGUUGUGUUUUAUGAAAUCCUCAUCCUAUCAAAGUCCAUGUCCUUGAGAUCGAACCAAGAAAAAUUCUGCAUUUUAUUGCAAACCGUGCAGUGUGGAGUCUGGUUUAUGUUCAUGCAGGACAAAAUGAGGAGUGUGUCUGCACUGCAUCGUGCUGUCCUGCUUAUCCGGAACCGCUUCCGCAGUUCACAACGUGGGUGACGAGCUGGAGAAACAAACCGUCUGCCCCCGCUGACACAGUUAACUGUGGAGGCCGCCGCCAGUCUGAUGGGGUGGGAUGAUGACUGGGAGGCGCCUGCCCUCUCAUUUACCCCCCGUUUCCUCCACACCUCUUUGUUUACACCUAGGAGCCGGUCAAGUCCAGAGGUGCAGCAGCUCCGCAGACUCCACUCCCUCCUGCCCUCGCCGGAACAGAAAGCAUGACCGUGUUUCUGCUCGGCCUCGCUGUGCUGCUCGGAGCUUCGCGCGCCGCUGACACCGUGGUCCCGGCGCAGCUCGGGCCGCCGCCGCUCGGGUUCAGCUCCUCGGUGCGCUCGGUGUGCAAACCCAUGCCGAGCACCCUGUCUCUGUGCCACGGGAUCGGCUACAGGCACAUGCGUGUGCCCAACUUGCUCGGCCACGAUUCGCUGAGGGAGGCCCAGCAGCAGUCGGUGGCCUGGCUGCCCCUCGUCUCCAAGCUGUGCCACCGGGACACCAAGAAGUUCCUGUGCUCGCUGUUCGCCCCGGUGUGCCUGCCGGAGCUCAGCGGGCCGGUCAGCCCCUGCAGGAGCCUGUGCGAGGCCGUGCGGGACGGGUGCGUCCCCGUGAUGAGCGCGUUCGGGUUCCCGUGGCCCGAGAUGUUUAACUGCACCCGGUUCCCGCGCGGGACCGAGCUGUGCAUCCCGGCGACCGGGGAGCAGGAAGGGCGGACGGCGGAGGAGGUGAAGCACGAGGAGGCGCUGAAAGGGAGUGUUAUCUGUGAUGCCUGCAGUCUGGCUGCAGAAGGAGAGACUGACAUCCAGGAAAACUUCUGCCACAGUCCAUAUGCAUUUAAGAUGCGUCUGGGCAGUGUGUCGACGGUGGGUGGGGACCGUCAACUGGUGCCUACGGCCCGCAGCCGCAUCCUGAGGUGGGCAGGGGGAGGUGCAGAGAGGGCAGAAGGGGUCGGAGGAGCAAUGGCGCACAGUGCUUUGUGGCUGCAAGAAGGAGGCACCUGUACUUGUCCCGGGUUAGAUUCAGCAGGCACAAAUGAAGACCAAGGGUUAGAGGAGGAACACGUGGAAAAGGGACAGGCUAAAGGAGGAAAGGAAGGAAAUGGGGCCCAGGGUGGAUGGUACCUGGCCCUGGCUCAGGCCGAAGAAGGACGGCUGGUGCUGACUCGGCUGGUAAGGUGGACCAGAGGGGACAAGGAGUUGAAGAAGUUCAUCAGAGCUCUCCUUAAACAGCCCUGUCCAGUGCUGUAGUCACCACAAUCCUGCCUGGUGGACGUUGCAAAAUCCAGAGUAUUUACCAAAGAAUGAAUGAGGAACACAUCAUUGAAUAAAUCCCUCAUUUUUAGAUUCAAUGCAAGUCAACCAGUGACGUUCAUAGAUAUCUGCAAAUCUGCAUUCUUGCCACUUUCUGGAUGAAUUUUCCCUGAUUAACUGCUAAAUGCCACACACUGAAUAACCAAUAAAUCUUUAAAACUUAAGUAUAUAUUAUUUUGUGUCAUAUUGAGCUGUUACCAAAUGUAUCAUUACAUCAUGAUUACCAGUAUUCACCAUGUUUGCAAUCGCUCUAGUAAGAGAGAGCAUCAUUUUUGCAAAGAGUUUUAGGUUUUGAAUGACAAAAAAAACAGAGAGCUGAUGUUUGUGUAUGUCACUGUAAAGCUUAGGUGAUCCCAGCUGUGGAAAUAUUUCUGAAUCUUUUUUUUGAUAUUUUUGUGUACAUUUAUGUAUAUAGAAGAGACAAAAUAGUUUUGGUAAUAGACUGAUCUCAUCAUAUUUUCUAGUGAUACACAUCUGGGGUGAAGCAGUGUAAUUGUUGUUAUUCUCUGUCAUGAUAAAAAUAUUUUUCUCAUACUCUACUACCUAUCUUAUCACAACGUUGUAAUAUUUUUAUACUCAUACAUGGUUUUCUUUGAUCAUUUUGCAUCACAGAAGCUCAAGUUGCUGUAGAUGGAUGAGUGGAAAGACGAGGGAUUGAUUAUCUUGUUAGGAUGCUAUAAUAUCAAGUCACGUCAUAAGAGAGGCACUGAAUAUACAGACAGGACAGGAAAUGUGACGUGAUGCGAAAAAUAAAUAAUUUAGAUUUGG